CUUAUGUAACGCACCUAAAGUGUACGGCACAACCCGCACAAGCGCCAGUGAUUCGAGUGGCAACGACCUGUUUUAUUGCGCCUUCCCACCCGAUACGCCGUGAUAUAGUUUCUUCCAGCGUGGCUACGAUCGGAUUGGUGACCUCUGGUGACCGGCUUGGUGCCACGUGUUACGAUGCUCGGUAGGGCCACGGUUGCGAUUGCUGGCCGCGCGGCAAAACAGUACGCACUCGCGGUGCGCACCCUCGGGACCACCGCGUGCAAAGCCCACGAUGACCACGGACCGGGAGUGACGGGUGGCGGUGCGGCUCCGAACCAGGAGCUGCAGCUAACGUACCUGACCGAGGAAGACAAACAGGGCAUCGCGGUGCUCGGCUUGAAUCGUCCGACGGCGCGCAACUCUUUCAGCAAAACACUCGUCACGCAGCUGCUCGACGCGAUCGAGCUGCUGACGCACGACAAAAACGUGCGUGUCGUGAUCGUGCGUAGCCUGGUGCCGGGUGUGUUCUGUGCCGGAGCGGAUCUCAAGGAACGGGCCACCUUUACGCCGCAGGAGGUGAGCCGGUUCGUGUCGAAACUGCGCCAGAUGAUGGUGAACAUAGAGCAGAUGCCGACACCGGUGGUGGCCGCGAUCGACGGGGCCGCACUCGGUGGUGGGCUCGAGAUGGCACUCGCCUGCGAUAUGCGGGUCGUGGCCACGAACGCAAAGCUGGGCCUGGUCGAGACGAAGCUCGGAAUCAUUCCUGGGGCGGGCGGAACCCAACGCCUGCCGCGCAUCCUCAAUCCGGCCCUCGCGAAGGAGCUCAUCUUUACCGCACGUCAGUUCAGUGGCGAGGAAGCGAAAGCCCUUGGCAUCGUGAACCACGCGGUCCAGCCGAACGACACGGGCGACGCGGCGUACCGUCGUGCCCUCGAACUAGCGAUGGAAAUCGUGCCCAACGGGCCGGUCGGCGUGCGCAUGGCCAAGAAGGCGAUCGACAAGGGUCUGCAGGUGGACCUUGCCACGGCGUACGCGAUCGAGGAAGCGUGCUACGCGCAGGUCAUCCCGACCAAGGACCGCCUCGAAGGGUUACGGGCCUUUGCCGAGAAGCGGAAGCCAAACUUUAUCGGCGAAUAAAUCGACGGGGUGGCAGGCGGUCCCUUCGCAACGGGACCACGUACGACCAUGAUGACUCAACCGCUCGAGAACUCGGCUCGCUGUGAUAGGUGCUAACACAGGAAACGUGCAUUUAUAUUCCCUCGUAUCUUAUCGUAACCUCCUCGAUCAUCCGUGGAUCACAUUUCGCUCCCGUAACUCAAAGUUACUGAUUUUUGUUGUUUUUUCAUUACAAAAUAAUACAAUUGCCCUAAUAGAGUGUAUCGUUACGAAUAAAGGCAGGGGGAUUGACAACAUUCCAACCC